CCUGAGUGGACUGACUUGACUCGUUUCACAACAUCAUGCAACUGUGCUCUCUUACCACAGUCAUCGUUAACCUCAUCUCACUUCCCAUCUCCGACUUAGUAGCCACGAUCCCAUUGACUUCCAUUUGUUUUAGCCGAAACUCUACAGCAGUUCUAGCGCCACUAUUCCCGCUUUGGGCAGCCAUAACAGCUCAAGCUAUUAUCUCUCGGUGCCUCUGUUUGCCCAUCCCUUCUGUUUUGGCCAAAGUUUACAAUGAACGAGAAAAUUUUAUCCAGUCUCAUGCUGCUAAGGUGAAAUCCCAAUGUUCUGUUAUUGCCCAUCCACAAGUUCAAUCAUGGCCUGCUGUAUCAGAAUCUCAAGUCAAGAAGUUGUGUGGGCUUCACAAAAUCGGCUCGUGCGCGAUGGACCCUUGUAGCGCCGUUUAUGGGGCAGCACAACCAAGUCAGCGCUUGUUGUUCAUUAAACUGAUCCAUAGGCUUGAGAUAUCUCAGUUACAUUCUCGCGCCGACCCCUACAUUGCACAACGCACAUAGACCAUGAAGUAAGUGGCAGGGGAUUAAAUGUCACUGAAACAUCAAGCAUCUGGGAACCAAUCACUGUGAGACAACAGCUCUAAUUCAGAAGGGCUGAAACACCGAAAUCCUUCCACCAGAAGAGAUAAACGGCCCAGAAACGCCAGAAUGGCAUCAACGAUGGAAACAUGAACAUCGUCUAAGCUCUAUUGUAUGUUGUAUACUAUUAUGUAUUUGUAUAGGAUAAUCCGAUCAUUUGUCUAACCCUAGAGCAAAAAUCCCAGAUCUAUCUCUAUCAUAUUGCCCCGUCUUGUCAAGCGAAAUCCUAUCCAUUCCGUCCAGCUAACUGGAAAUCUUCACCAGCAGCGGCCUAUGUCUCGUCAUCAAUCCUAAAUUCGGACUCAUCGUUUCUCGAGGCGCUAACUCGCUCCGCACAAAGUUUUCUUGUACACAUGUCUCUUGAGAUAUCAAACAACGUGCCGAAUCAUAAAUUGCUCACGCUAUACCUUCACUCCAUUUCCAA